GUCGCUUUCACGUUUCGGGGGUCGGAUUUCAGCUCUCCUGCUGUCUCAGGGCUUUUACAAUUGAGUCCUCUCUAACACCCAUAUCACAAGUGUUAGGACCAUAGAGCGCAGACGUGUGUCGCCAUUGCACCCGUGUUUUGGAUUCAUAUAGGAUAUUCUAAACUUCUGCGAGAACAUGAACGGAUACACGGGAGUCAUUUCGUUUUGUUCGUGAGUCCAGUGUAGAUUGGGGGUAGGGAAGCGCAACCCCGUUUUUGACCCUAUCAUCGCCACGGCUUCAGGACCGGGGACCGGGAGUGCUGGUUUAUUGUUUUGUUUUUGUUGCCGUCGCUUUUUGACGUUGUUCUCGCCACUCUCGUUUGCCUGCUGAAUGAAGACUCCUUUCUGACGUGCAGUUAUGGAAACAGGAAUCUACUAUUCUCACUGUUGAAAUGACUGUUGCUAUUGUAGUCAAUUUCUCACAGAUUCAUUCAUUUAGCGCUUAGUGCUUCGAGGAUUUGAGAGGAGAUGGAGAGCGUGGAGAGGGAGUGCGGUGCUCUGGGUGGAUUAUUCCAGGCUGUUGUAAACGACAUGAAGAACUCUUAUCCUGUGUGGGAAGACUUCACUGCCAAAGCCACUAAGCUCCACUCCCAGCUGAGGACCACUGUGCUGGCUGCAGCUGCCUUCCUUGAUGCCUUUCAGAAAGUUGCAGACAUGGCCACAAAUGCAAGAGGUGCUACCCGGGACAUCGGCUCGGCCCUGACGAGGAUGUGCAUGCGUCACCGUAGCAUUGAGGCCAAGCUGCGGCACUUCACCAAUGCUCUUAUGGAGAAGCUCAUCGGACCUCUGCAGGACAGGAUUGAGGAGUGGAAGAAGACUGCCGCCCUGCUGGACAAAGACCAUGCCAAAGAGUACAAGCGAUCCAGGCAGGAAAUUAAGAAGAAAUCCUCAGACACCUUGAAGCUGCAGAAGAAAGCCAGAAAAGGAAGGGGAGGUCUGCAGCCCCAGCUCAACAGUGCUAUGCAGGACGUGAGUGACAUGUACCUGCUGAUGGAGGAGACGGAGAAGCAGGCGGUGCGGCGGGCCCUCCUGGAGGAGAGGGGGCGCUACUGCAACUUCAUCAGCAUGCUGCUGCCUAUGGUGAACGGAGAGAUCGCCAUGUUGGGAGAGGUCACGCAUCUGCAGGCCAUUAUUGAUGACCUCACAGUCCUGACCACCGAUCCACACAAACUGCCCGCUACAAGUGAACAGGUGAUCGUGGACCUGAAGGGCUCUGACUAUAACUGGUCCUACCAGACCCCCCCGUCCUCCCCCAGCAGCCUGGGCUCCAGGAAGAGCAGCCUGUGCAGUUUGGUCCACCUGCCACCGGGGAGCGCCCAUCGCCUCAGCAGUGUGUCAUCUCAUGACUCCGGCUUCAUCUCCCAGGAUGCCAACACCCACUCCAAGCCUCCCUCCCCCAUGCCCUCUGACAUCACCAGCCAGAAGUCCUCCAGCUCUGCCUCGUCUGAGGCUUCUGAAGUGUGUCAGUCUGUCAGUGAGUGCAACUCCCCCACUGCGUUGGGCUCAUCCUUUGCUACCUUCCGCCCUGUUCACUCACUCACUGGCUCCAUGAGGCCUCUCUCUUUCAUACUUCCUGUGUCCCCUCAUAACUAUUCCCCCGGAUCAAACACCCCCUCACCCACAUCAAAGGUUCCUUGCUGGAAGGACUGGGCCAAGUCUAACUCCUAUGAGCUGUCCAAUGCCUAUGAGCCUCGCGUGGCCUCUCAGGCUCGGAGGAAUGACCCUAUCGAGAGACUCCGGGAGGCGGAGAGCCCGUACAUGAGCAGAGGGAAUGCUGGGAUGCACCCGGAGGACCCUCAAAGGGCCAGGAUGAGCCCUGUUACCGUGGCACCCAAGCACAUGAAGCCCAUGUGUGCGGCUGCUAGUGAGCUGGCCAUGGUGUUGACCCGCGGCUUGACUGUGGAACAGCAGAAGAGCAGCCGUGACUCUCUACAGUACUCCAGUGGCUACAGCACUCAGAACACCACGCCGUCCUGCUCAGAGGAUACCAUCCCAUCACAUGCUUCAGACUAUGACAGCUACUCCAUGAAUGGUGACGGUGAUGUCGACCCUCAGUCGGACUUCGACAGGUCCUGCACUGUUCCUCGCCAUAGCAACCUGGCUCAGAACUACCGGCGUAUGAUCCAGACCAAGAGGCCCGCCAGCACGGCCGGACUGCCCGCGGGCAUGGGCACCAAAGUAGGCACCCCGCCCCAUGGCGCGGCCCCCCACAGCGCCUACUCCCACCCCCAUGGCGCGGCCCCCCACAGCGCCUACUCCCACCCUCACAGCCCGUCUGAGACCAACGGGUCCGGGGCGGUCAGCGUUAGUGGGAUGGUCGUCUCCUCAGGGACGGCCACCAUUCGGCGAACCCCGUCGUCUAAAGGAGGGGUGAGGCGCACCCCGUCCAACGUGGGCCCCAUUCCCAUCCGCCCCCCGAUGGUGCCGGUCAAGUCCCCCACCUCCCCAGGGUUCCCCCCGCCGCCCCCGGAGACCAACGGCAGCCAGGAGAGCCUGUACGUGGACGACCUCCCGCCGGGAGCCCUGGACUACAUGAAGGCCUCGCCCAAGCGCCUCAGCCUGCCCACCCAGCCGUGGAGCGCCGCCGGCGGGUACGACCCCACCCUGUACCCCCCGCAGCCCUCCGGCCUGGAGCUCCAGCAGCAGCAGCAGCAGCAGCAGCACGAGGAGAUGCUGCUGGCCGCUAACCGCCACACGCUGGUGGAGCAGAUCGGAGAGCUGGUGGCCAGCGCCCACGCCCUGGGAGAGGGGCAGUUCCCCUUCCCCUCCCCGACAGAGGGGGCAGCAGCGAGCCACAGCCAGUUCCAGUUCCAGAGCCAGGGCCAGUGGCAGAGCCAGAGCCAGUUACAGAGCCAGAGCCAGAGCCCCAGGGAGAAGAUGCCGGUCCCAGAGGGGGAGGACAUGCUGAAGACCAUCCGCAGGGGCGUCCGGCUGCGGAAGUCUGUGUGCGAUGACCGCUCGGCCCCACGGGUCAUGCCCUAGAUGUGCAGCCGUGCAGGAGCUGAUGCCUUUGGCUCCUGACCACAAGAGAAGGCUGAAGAGAGGCUGCCUCUGGCUGACAUGUGGCCUGAGUGGUUCUAUAGGUUUUUAUUCAGGGCACCUCAGCACUUACUGAACUGAUAGAGAUAAACUGAGUAGUGUGAGAGGAUUUCCAUCUGAUCCUCAACGCCUUGACAGGAGCUGAUACAUGUAGCUAAAACCCUGCAUACCCACAAUGGUCCACUUGCAGCAGAGAUGCUAUCUUUUCCCUAGUGGAAUGCUUUUAGAAAUAUUAUUAUGAAGAGUUAGCUAUAAUUAACAAGAGUAACUGCAAACAGCUUAAUUAAACUGAUGGAUUAAAUAACCACUGAAUGACCGCGGUCACUGUAAUCCCACGCAUAUGGUGUAUAUAUAUGGACUUGAGUGGACAGAGAUGUACCAGUGGAAUGUUCUCUAGUUGAGUCAGGUUGCCAGGGACUUUUAUUUUGGCACAGGGCAAGAGUCGACUGCUGAAGGUGGACACUGCCAGUAAAGUUUUGAUGUCAUUGCUUUUCCAUGAGGAUAUGAUGUCAGAGACUUUAUGAUGUCAUGAAUCCCUUGCCUGUGGAACUGUGCACAUGUGACACGUCGGGAUUCACAGGUAUAUCACACAUGACGACUGCUGACGACCACAUUACACUAAAACACUACAACAAAAACAAAAAGAAAAAAAAAAAAAAACACCAACAUAACGCCAAAGCAUUUUGUUCUUUAACCUUUAGCUACAUUAAGCACAAAAUGGCUGCCACCACAGCACUCACUGAAGCUUCCCUCAGUAGAACGGGCCCUGGAGGUGGGCCUCAUAACUUAACACUGCCAAAUGAGCGGCUGGAUGUCUUAUAUUCCCUUUACAGUACGUACUGUCUUUCAUGUAGUCCUUUUGAGAAGAGUAUAAAUGUUUUUUGUUUGUUUCUUUUUCUACUGUGUAGUGUAUGUCAUGUUUUGGUCUCAUAUUGUUGGUAGUGGUAGUGGAGCUGGGAGAGAGAGGAGGAAGUGGAUGGGACAGGUUUCCCAUUGGCUAAUGUGCUCCAAGUUACUUACCCACGUACAUGGACUCCAUGGUGAGGACCAGAACUCAUGGUAAACCAGGAGCUGUUGAAAAAAUGAAAAUGCAUGUCAAAUAAAAUAACAAGCCAUACUGUAGUGUUUCUUGGUUGUGUUUUUCUUGCUUGUUGAGCAAUGUAACAAUUAUAUUUCUAAUUUCA